CACUCUGAAUGAUACCAAACCAAUGCAUCAUUAUAAUUUAGUACCGUCACUGGGGCAGAUAAGGCGCUUAUUACGUAUGCGAUUCAAUAUGAUAUGCGUGACCCACCAGCCCCAUCCAUCUUAUCUUCAGUUUGUGAUAAAGUUGGCCCUUUUCGGGCAUUUUUGUCGGUACCCACGUGGGUCGUCUAUUUUUUAGUUCAUGGACUUUUGUUUUUCCGGCAGAAGUUGAUUCCUCAGGUACUAUCCGAAUGUCGGGUUCGAAAUGUACAGAGUACAUCUAUCAGGAUUACUUAUGGAUGGCCACUGUCAUGUCAGACAAGAUUAAUGCUCAGAUUCAUACGCAAUGAUAGUUAUAUAGCCCUUGUUUUACGAACUUUCACAAUACUCAGCAUGGAAGAACCCUUCAUGUAAUAAAUAUAUAUUUGGGACCAUCAGCCGUCAAGUACGA